AGGUAAGUCGUUCAGCCUCAAGUUUGGGUGUCAACAUCAUCGCCUUCCCAAUGCAUUCUUCUUCUCUCCCAACUCCGGAUACUCCUACGUAUUCGUAUUCUUAUUCUUAUUCUUAUUCUUUUUCUUUUUCUUAUUCUUACUCCUCUCCCUCAUGCUAACUAUCAUUCUCCAGUUAGCCAUUUUCAUUAUACAUAUUUAUAUUCCUUUCAAUCCUGUCCCGGCCGUCCUUCUUUGAAUUCCAACUACAUGCGGUGACAACUGUAUAUAUACCGCUCGCAUAGCAGCUCGUCACUCCUUCCUUCCUCCCCUUCCACCAUGCCAGUCCCUGCAGCAGACGACCGGGAUCCCCUCCGCAAUCACAACAAGCAUCUCCCUGUCAAUGGCGUCAAAACUCCCCGUCCCCGUUCCUCGCUUUCCCCCGCAGCCGCGGCCGCAAAAGCAAAUACAUCCGCGAACACCACCGCAGCAGCUACCAGCUCCGAUAGCGAUGAGCCUGCCCCCCAGGCCGCCGAAGAUGAAGCCGGUGACGUGGUCGGUGUCAGUAUGAGUCGUGCUCAGACUCGGAUGAAGGCAUGGAGUACGCCCGCGGAAGAAAAGAACCGGAUUAUGGAGCGGGAUGGGGGGUAUUUCGCGGUGCCGGAUUUGGUUCAUUCGGAUGGGCUGUAUUUGUCGGAUAUUACUGCUGAGCCGGAGCCGGUAAAGGAGAAGAUGCCGAGUAGGGCGUCGACGACUGUUCCGGAUCGGAGUCCGCAGCUACAGCAGCAGCAAUCGAGACAUCGGAAACAGGAUUCUGAACCGGUACACGCGGUACAGAGUCAAGGGAAAGAGGUGACAUAUUCGGAUGAUACACGGUUACCCAAGGAUAAUGGCGGUUCGCGGACAAGCUUUACUCGGUCGAUUCUGGGUAAUCUACCCAAACGUCCCCGGGCGCUGUCGGGCGAUACCAUUGCGAAUUUGAAUCUUAAAAAGUUCUUUCCGGACCUGGGUUCGUUGACUCGUCGGUCGUCGCUUUCGUUUCGCUCCAAUUCGUCCGCGCAGAAUACUCGUCCUCGCAGUCAGAUAAUGGCCAAACCGCCUCCGUCGGCCAGUCUGGCCCCUGAGCAGCGGAUAACGGAUCUACCACCACCAGAGGCAAUCUUGUCGCAGAGGAGGAAGUCUGAGUCUAACAUGAACGGAGGUGUGGAUAGUGCAGGCGAUGAACCGAUCUCCGAGUUGCAGUCACUUAGGAAUUCGACGGCUGCGAAGCAUUCGUUUACUCGCCGGCCUAGUGCGGGUGGACCUGGGGCGCCGCCGCUGCUGAGGAGGACUUCCUCAGAUCACUCGUUGUAUUUGCGAGCUUCGUCGACGGUCUCGUCUCUCGAUCAUCGUCCGCAGUUUGAGCAUAUACACUCGCAGGUCAACAGUCGGUUCAAGGCUAUCAAGGAUAGUCUGCAGGACUCGAGUAGCCGGCUGCUCAGCAUACCGUCGUUCAACCUGCAUGAUAUCCGGGCUGACUGGGGGUAUAAGCCAUUUUUCCAAGAUGUUUCCCAACGCAAGGGUCAGGAGUAUUCUGCGGAGGUCGAUUCGUCUCUAUCUGUGCAAGAGGAACACGCUCGCCAGCAACGUGCCAAUACUCAGUUUAAUACGUACCCCGCGCUAACCGAGGCCAUGGAGGAAUUGACUGGCGACGUUGUCGUCAUGGGCGGCUACCGAGGUUCGAUUCUGCGGUCUGCCAAACCGCCGCAUCGCCAGUUAUGGGUACCGAUGAAGGUCGGACUGAAUCUGCGCAAGGUGGACCUCGAGGUUGGGUUCAACCCAGAGGAUGAAGAGAAGAUGGAGGAGCGUGUUAUACCCUCCGGUAUUCUCUCUCAUGUUGGCCCGGUAGACAUCUGCCGCCGGUUGAUGAAGCGACUGCAAAAGUGCGACAACGCCCUCAACGGCGACCUUCGAGUCCAGGACUUUGGAUACGACUGGCGUCUAAGUCCGCAUCUACUCUCGCAAAGACUGAUCAAGCAUCUCGAAGGCCUUCCGUGCAAUGCACCAGACGUCCCGCGGGAAAAGCGCGGGGCCUACGUCAUAGCGCACAGUCUUGGGGGCCUAAUCGCCCGGCAUGCCGUGAACCAGCGGCCCGAGCUAUUUGCGGGGGUUGUCUAUGCGGGCGCUCCGCAACACUGCGUCAACAUUCUUGGCCCGUUGCGCAACGGCGAUGAAGUCUUGUUGAGUUCGCGCGUGCUUACGGCACAGGUCAACUUUAGUUUCCGGACUAGCUUUGCGCUGCUUCCUGAGGAUGGGCAUUGCUUUUUUAAUAAACAAACUAAGGAGGAAUAUCCUGUGGACUUUUUCUCGCCCCAGGCUUGGGAUGAGUAUCGUCUGUCGCCAUGUGUCAAUUUCGCUCUUCCGCCUACGGGCAGGAACUUGAUGGAUAACCUGCCGAUACUGGCAAAGCGACUCAGCAUGCGUAACGGCAGCUUCCCAGAGGAAUCGGACUCCGCGCAGGAAUAUCAAUCAGACAUGUCAUCCUCAACAGACAUGCUCCAGCAGCAACCAUCCCAACCCCAGCAACCUCAGCCCCAAGCCGAGUCCCAGCAACAACCCCAAUCCCAAUCCCAAACCUACGAAACCGGCCAACCAGACCUCACCCCAAGCAUCCACCACCACCACCCAUCCCGCUACGCCGCCGCAAACCCCCCACACGAACACCAAAGCAAAGCCUCCGCCAUGAAACCCGCCCUGGCCGGGCUGGUCGGUCCCACCGCACACCCCCGCGGUGCCACGCAGCCCAAAAUCGCUUCGACAACGAACAUCCCGCGCGGGCUGGCGAUGAGUUACCUCGAGCGCACAUUGGCAGAUGUCCGCCGUUUCAAAGACGACCUUGUUUUCCAGGAAUCCCAUCAGGCGGAGAAUAGAUAUCCGCCAUUCUCUGUGAUUUUCGGGAAAUCCGUUCCCACUGUUUACGGGGCGAGAGUCGAGUCGAAGGAACAGAUCAAGCGUCAAGACGCGUAUGACGACCUCGCGUUCGCGGCUGGUGAUGGUGUCUGUCUUGCUAGUGCGGCGAUGCUACCGCCCGGAUACCGGGUUAUCAAGGAUGGCAUGGUAAAGACGGAUCGCGGACACGUGGGAUUGAUGGGUGAUCUAGAGGGAAUGGGACAGUGUUUGUUGGCGCUAGUCAGAGGGAGGAAGAUGGGUGUUGGAUUGGGAGUGCCGGAUGAGUCUGAGGAGAAUGCAGGAAAACCCGCUGAGAGUACUUAUAUGCCUAAUGGCUCGAGCCCUACUCCUGAGCCCCGGCGUGAGGACGAGGCUGAACAUAAAACAACAGAGGGAACUGCUACGGCGGACCAUGUCCAUGAUAUACCUGUUUAAUGAUCGUGUUACUAUAUGUUAAUGAUACCCCAUUCGCUUGACUUUGGCUUUGGCUUUGGCCUAUUUUAUGAUUUAUGAUUGGCAUCUUGUUUGUUUUGGAUAUCUAGAUGCAUCAGAGCUGUAUUUACUACAUACAUACUUGUUUUUCUGGACAGCUCG